AGUAUCUUGAGUUAGUAGUAAAACGAUCCGACAUUAUGUGUUAUAUAGUCCUAUUGGUAUUAUCGUCUCUUACUUAGUGUUAUCAUAUAAUGUUAAAAAAUAAAAAUUACUAAAUUCUCUAUAAGUAUUGUCUUGCAUAUUAAUAUAUUAUAAUAGUAUAUACGCAUAUUUUCCCCUAUUUAACUAUACCUAUGUUUGUCAAUUAGUGUUUAACUAUCGGUUAGGAUAUAGUUUUAUUAAUUGGAUAGAACUUAUGAAUAAACAUUUAUUGUUUAGAUUUUUCAAUAUAUUUACAUUAAUCUCAGCUCCCCAUUGGCAAUGAAAGUGACGUAUUCCUGGUUAAUAUGUUCAUGUUUAUUUUAUGGAUCCGGAAUUUUGUGCCAAAAUGAAGAUUCUUGCUCAACAAAGGCCGAGGAUAAUUUUUAUUGUUCGAAUGGACUGUGUAUCAAAUUGUCGUGGGUGUGUGAUGGUCGUAAGGAUUGUUCAGAUGGUUCAGACGAGACCAAAGAGUUGUGUGCUCGAUACCAGUAUGCACCAAAUACGUCCAUGGAAUGUGGCAAAGUGAAUAAAAAAAGCGAAGUAACAUCCAAAGAAGAUAUAGCAACGAUUGAAACAGCUCCUUGGAAUGUCCUAAUAUAUAAAUUAUAUAAGACCGAUUCUAAUUAUUACUUUUCCUGUUUAGGAUCACUUAUUGGUCCAAAUGUAGUGAUUUCAAUCGCUCAUGGUUUUUGGAAAAAAGCUGGUUCACCCAAGACAAUAUCAGUAAACGAUGGCUCAAUCAAAGUCGUUAUUGGAAAAUAUGAUAAAAAUUAUAAAAUAAGAGACAACCUAACUCAAAUAGUCGAUGUUGAAACAAUUUAUGUGCCUGAAGGAUAUAAUUCAGCUGAUGGAAACUACGCUGAAGAUAUCUCUGUUCUUGUGUUAUCACACAAAGUUUCGUUUAUUAAUGGUGUCUCACCUGUUUGUAUCGAUUGGAUUAGUAAAUAUGAGGUACAGAAUGGAGAUCAAGGAAAGAUUCUUGUGUGGGAAGACACAAAAAAUGACACGCAAAGUCUUGUUUUAUUAGAAAAAUUAUUUCCAUACAUCGACCAUAGUACUUGUCAAAGAAAAAAUACAAGUGGAUUCGAUCAAUAUUUAACUUAUGAUAAGAUUUGUGCCGGUUCUAAAAUAGAUACAGAACUAGCAUACCGCGUAGGUUCUGGAGACAGUGGAUCGGGUAUAAGUUUUUUGCAUUCCAAUUCUUAUUUUUUGACUGGGAUUCUAAGUGUCACGGAUAAAGAAUACAAUAAUACAGUCUCGGGUUUUACAGGCAUUAAACACCAUAUUAAAUUUAUUCAAGGAAUUUUGAACAAACGAGUAAUAGUGAAUUCAUGCGUUCUACCAACUGCCGAAGGAGUCUUGUAUUCUUAUGAAGGUUCUAAUGAGACUUUACCUCACGGUGCAUUAAUUGAUCAUCAUCUAAUUGUUAUUGAGAAUUGCGCAGUUGGAUAUUAUAAGGCUUAUCCCAAUGGUUUUAGGUUUUGUCAGGGAAGAGGAAAAUGGGUAUCGAAUUCUGAGAAAUUGUGUUUCAAAAUGUGUCCACCUCUACUAUCAGAUAGUUUAGAUAUUAAAUGCACGCUUAAUGGUCAGUAUGCAAACUGUUCAAAUUUAUCGAUACCCAAUACAAUAGCAACGCCAUCAUGUAAGCCAACAUAUAGUGCUCCGUAUGGACAAGAAGAUACUCCCCUUGAAUUACAUUGUCAGUCUAAUGGGACAUGGAAUUCUCAGUUAUAUAGAUGCAAUCCAUAUUGCGGUAAAGUAUAUAUCAAAAAUGAAGUAUUGAUCAACAAUGGGGAAAUAGCACUUGUUGGAACGGCCCCUUGGAAUGUUGGAAUAUAUAAAUUAAAUAAAAAUACGUCCGAUUAUGACAUUAUAUGUGGAGGAUCAAUUAUUGCUCCAAAUUUAGUCGUUUCUGCUGCUCAUUGUUUUUGGCAACAAGGAGUGUUAUCUAAGAAAUUAUCAAUAAGCGACGAUCGAUACAAAAUUUCUGUUGGAAAAUAUGAUAAAAAUUUAACAAUAAUUGACAAUGACUUUACUCGAAUAAUAAAUGUUGACAUUAUUCACCUGAAAGAAAGUUAUUAUGGAGCAUCUGGGUUUCAUGCUGAAGAUAUAGCUAUUAUUGUGUUAAGACACAGAGUUUCUUUUAGUAAUGGUGUGGCACCUAUUUGUAUCGAUUGGAAUAGUAAAUACAAUGUGGUCAAUGGCGAUCAAGGAAAGAUUGUUGGUUGGGGAAAAACGGAAAAAGGCAUUCCAAGUCCUAUUUUAUUAGAAGCAUAUUUACCAUAUAUUGACCACAGUUCAUGCCGAAAUAUGUAUACUAACGGAUUUGAACCAUUUGUAACUGUUGAUAAGUUUUGUGCCGGUUCUGAAUCAGUUUCAGGUCAGGGAGUGGGUAGGGGUGAUAGCGGGGCUGGCUUAUGCUUUUUCCACUCUGAAUCGUAUUAUUUAACCGGAGUAGCGAGUAUCAAGGAUCCAAAUACAAAUAAUUCAAUUGCAGUUUUCACUGACGUUAAGUAUCACAUUCAAUGGAUUCGUGGACUGUACAACAAAUAUAAUUAUAUUCAAUAUGUUGCAUAUUAUAUUUUAUACUAUUACAGUUUAUACAAUUAUUCGCUAAACUAUUGUUUUGUCUUACCAUUGGCAAUGAAGGUGAUGUAUUCCUGGAUAAUAUAUUUAUUUGUAAUUUUCGGAUCAGGAAUUUUGUGUGACGAAAAACUCGAAAAACGAAAAGCUGCAUCAUCUUGCUCGGUAAACACAGAAUAUGAUUUUUAUUGUUCAGACGGACUGUGUAUCAAAUGGUCCUGGGUUUGUGAUGGUCGUAACGAUUGUUCAGAUGGUUCAGACGAGAACAAAGAUUUAUGUGCUCGAUACGAGUAUGGAACAAAUAUGACCAUGGACUGUGGUAGAGUAAAUAGAACAAAUCAAAACAUAUUCGAAAAAGGUCAAAAUGAAGCAACGGUAGAAACAGCACCUUGGAAUGUUGAAAUAUAUACAUUAGAUGACAGUAAGCCCUAUUAUCGCAAUUUAUGUGGAGGAUCAAUUAUUGCUCCAAAUAUAGUAAUUUCUGGGGCUAUAAGUUUUAGGGAAAAAGGCUUGUUAACUAAGCAAUCAUCAAUAAACAAUGGUAUAGUCAAAGUCGCUGUUGGAAAAUUGAAUAGAAAUUUUACUGUUCUUGACAAUGAAUUUACUAAAAUUAUCGACGUGGAAAUAAUUUACCUUCAUGAAGAUUUUAAAGGAUCAGAUGGGAAGUAUGCCAAAGAUAUAGCUGUCAUUGUGUUAGCUAAAAAAGUUUCAUUUAAUAAUGGUGUUUUGCCUGUUUGCAUCGAUUGGAACAAAAAAUAUGAGUUACGUAAUGGAGUUCAAGGAAAGGUUCUUGUUUGGGGAGACUCAAAAAAUGGCACACAAAGUCGUGUUUUAUUAGAAAGAUUUUUUCCAUACAUCAAUCUUACUACUUGUCGAAAAAUGUAUACUGCAGCAGAGUACUUUAAUGUACUUCUAACUUAUGAUAAGUUUUGUGCCGGUUCUAAAUUGGUUUCAGGACUAGAAUACACGGUAGGUUUUGGUGAUUGCGGAACAGGCAUAAGCUUUUUACAUUCUAAUUCUUAUUUUUUAACUGGGAUUCUUAGUGUCAUGGAUAAAGAAUACAAUAAUACAGUUGUAGGUUUUACAGACAUAAAAUACCAUGUACAAUGGAUUCGUGGACUUUUAAACAAACAUGGAGUGGUAAAUUUAUGCGUUUUACCAGCCGCCGAAGGGGUCGUGUAUUCGUAUGAAGGUUCUAAUGAAACUUUAUCUCAUGGGACAUUAAUUAAUCCUGAUCUAAUUGUUAUUGAAAAUUGUGCAGUUGGAUAUCAUAAGGCUUAUCCCAAUGGUUUUAGGUUUUGUCAGGGAAGAGGAAAAUGGGUACCGAAAUCUGAAAAAUUGUGUUUUAAAAUGUGUCCACCUCUACUAUCAGAUAGUUUAGAUAUUAAAUGUACGCUUAAUGGUCAGUAUGCAAACUUUUCAAAUUUAUCGAUACCCAAUACAAUAGCAACGCCAUCAUGUAAGCCAACAUAUAUUGCUCCGUAUGUACAAGAAGAUACUCCCCUUGAAUUACAUUGUCAGUCUAAUGGGACAUGGAAUACUCAGUUAUAUAGAUGCAAUCCAUAUUGUGGUAGAGUAUAUAUCCAUAAUCAAGUAUUGAUCAACAAUGGUAAAAAAGCAAUUGUUGGGACAGUCCCUUGGAAUGCUGGAAUAUAUCAAUUAGAUAAAAAAAAUUCCAAUUAUGACUUGAUAUGUGGCGGAUCAAUUAUUGCUCCAAAUUUAAUCAUUUCUGCGGCUCAUUGUUUUUGGCGAAAGGGUAUGGUAUCUAAUAGAAUAUUAAUAGACGAUGGUCUAUAUAAAAUUGCUGUUGGAAAAUAUGAUAGAAAUUUCACAAUAAUUGACAAUGACUUUACUCAAAUAAUUAAUGUGGAAAUGAUUCACCUGAAAGAUGGUUAUUACGGACUUACUGGAUUUUAUGCUGAAGAUAUUGCUAUUAUUGUGUUACAAAACCAAAUUUCUUUUAGUAAUGGUGUUUCACCAGUUUGUAUAGAUUGGCAUGGUAAUUACAGUGUAAUCAAUGGAGAUCAAGGAAAGAUUGUCGGUUGGGGAAAAACAGAAAAAGGCAUUUCAAGCCCUAUUUUAUUAGAGGCAUCUUUACCAUACAUCAACCAUAGUUCUUGUCGGAAUAUGUAUACAAACGGAUUUGAAGCAUUUGUGACUGUUGAUAAGUUUUGUGCUGGUACUGCAUCGGGACAAGGAGUGGGUAGUGGAGAUAGCGGCGCAGGCUUAUGCUUUUUACACUCAAAUGCUUAUUAUUUAACCGGAAUAGUGAGUAUCAAAGACCCAUUUACAAUCAAUUCAAUCGCAGUUUUUACAGAAGUUAAGCACCAUAUACCAUGGAUUCGUGAACUGUAUAACAAACAUAACUAGGUAUUAAUGUAUUAUACCAAAUUAGAGUAUGAUGAUGUUAAUAAAAAAAAUGUAUUCUCAUUGUUAAUCGAAGUCAAUAUUAUAAAAUAUGAAUA